AUGAACGGCUUCUACUCGUCCAUCGCGCACGGCCUGGACGCGCUCCACGGCACGCUGGCCUCGUCGCCGGAUGCAGCCUUCAUGUCGGCGCCGUUCCUGCAGCAGGCAGCGGCCCUGCUCCGCUCCCUGCACUCGCAGCUCGUCCACCUCGUGCAGCGCCUCCACCUGCCGCCUGGUGAGAGCUGGCUCGACGAGUACAUGGACGAGACCUCCCGCCUCUGGGAGGUCUGCCAGGUCGUCAAGGCCGGCGCCUCCGCCCUCGACACCUACUGCGCCUCGGCCGGACGCAUCGACGCCACGCUGGACGACUGGUACGUCCACGUGGUGCGUGCGAUCAACGCGCCGCGGCGGCAGGCCGUGGGGCUGGAGCAGGAGAACCGGGCGCUCGCCGACACCAGGAUCGACCCGGCGUCGCUGCUGCUCGACGACCGCUCGCCCGUCGAGUUCAAGCUCAACGCCUUCAACGGCUUUCGCGGUGUGCUCUACGCGCUGCGCAACGCCAGCUCCUUCCUCCUCAUGCUCCUCGUCUCCGGGACCGUCUCCUGCCUCCCGGACCUCGCCUGCUGCCCCAACAGCCCGUUCCGCACCUCGGGCGCCGGGUAUGUCUCCUCCAUGGGGCGCCUGCGCCAGCGCGUCGCCGAGGAGAUGGAGGCGGUGGCCAGCGAGCACUCCUGCUCCGGCAUCAUGAUGUACGAGUUCCGGCAGGCCAGGGUCGGCAUUGAGAGCAUCAAGACGGAGUUCGACAGGGUCAUCGCCACAGGGUACGGCAACCCUGGGGAGAUCGCCGAGAGGGUGGAGAUCAUCAAAGGAUGGAUCGGGAUGCUGAGGUCAGGAGCUGAGAGCAUCGUCAGUGAGCUGGACGACUUCUUCGAUGAGAUCGUAGAAGGCAGGAAGAUGCUGUCUGACCUGUGCAGCCAUCGCUGA